AUGGACAGCGGCAGUCGAUUGAUUGCCAUAACGAAUAAGCAGAGAGACGAACACGAACGCUUCGUGCAGUCGGUUAAGGCUGAGAAAGUGCAGGUGGAACGUAUCAUCGAGAAUCGUGAUCGAGUGCACAAGAAUCGUGUUCAACAGCUGGAAGGUCAACUGAACACGCUACGUGAGCAGUUGGCCGAAGAGAGGCGUAGACAUCGCGAUAUGGCCGAUCGAAUCAUGAUCAACGAUAUGAGCAAGAUGAGCACGGCCGCAUCUGCUGCGGCGGCCACGUGGGGCAGUCUCGGAAGUUACAGUACAGCGCCAGUUUCGAGAACUGGAGGCUUGAUGGCGAUGACGGGCACUCAGCUGCCGCCGCAGAAACUGGACAGUAGCUUCGAUUCUCUAUUCGGA